AUGCAUGCAAAGAGCUUAGGACAGUACUCAGCACAGCAGAAUCAUUCGAUGAUUCAGUAUAUGGAUGGCGCUGCUGCUACUGCUGCUGCUGCUGAUAAUAAUGAAGAUAAUGUUGAUGAUAGUGGAUCAGUGACACUCCAGGAUGUGGCUGUGGAAUUCACCCCAGAGGAGUGGCAGCUGCUUGACUGUGAUCAGAGAACCUUGUAUUGGGAUGUGAUGUUGGAGAACUUUAGAAACCUCAUCUCAAUGGGGUGUCCAGUCACCAAAACAAAAGUGAUCUUCAAGGUGGAGCAAGGACAAGAGCCAUGGAUGGUGGAGGGAGAGAACCCACGUUGGCGCUCUCCAGAAGCUGACUGCCCACUUAUUGAUGAAUCAGACAAGCACCAGGAAAGCAAAGACAAUUUUUUGAAUUCAGUUUUGUUCAUGUUCAAUAAAAUUCUGACUGUGAAGAGACUUCAUGGUUAUAAUAUGAGCACAAGUCUUAAUCCUACAAGAAAAAAAUCAUAUAAAUGUAAGUCAUAUAGGAAGAGUUUGCAACCUACUUCAGACUUACUUAAUUGUAAUAGAUGUUAUACUGGAGAAAACUCUUAUGAAUGCAGUGAAUGUGGGAAAGCCUUCAAAACGAAGUUUCAUUUUAUUAGACAUGAAAAAAAUCAUACAAGAAAAAAACCCUUUGAAUGCAAUGACUGUGGGAAAGCCUAUAGCAGGAAGGCUCACCUUGCAACUCAUCAGAAAAUACAUAAUGGAGAGAGACCCUUUGUGUGCAGUGAUUGUGGGAAAGCGUUUACACAUAAAGCACAACUCGUGGUCCAUCAGAGACUCCACACUGGAGAGAAACCUUAUGAAUGUGGUCAAUGUGGAAAAUCAUUCACCUGGAAAUCCUCCUUUACUCAACACGUGAAAUCACAUACACUUGAGAACUCAUUUGAAUGUAAGGAAUGUGGGAAAACCUUCAGGUAUAGUUCAUCCCUUUAUAAACACUCUAGAUUUCAUACAGGAGAGAAACCCUAUCGAUGCAUCGUGUGCGGCAAAGCCUUUGGCAACACUUCUGUGCUUGUUACGCAUCAAAGAAUUCACACAGGAGAGAAACCUUAUGGAUGUAUUGAAUGUGGCAAAGCCUUCAUCAAGAAGUCUCACCUCCUCAGACAUCAGAUAAUUCAUACAGGAGAAAAGCCCUAUGAAUGUAGCAAAUGUAGGAAAGCAUUUUCCCAGAAGUCAAAUCUUAUUGUACAUCAGAAAAUUCAUAUGUAA